CUCACAAAUAAUUUUACUACAAAACUUAUUUUCUCUUUCAUUCAUUGAACACAAAUUUUUGCAAUGGGAAACUGCAAUUGUUCAAUGAAAGGAGUAACAAAAGAUACAAGAAAAUCAUCAAGUGACUUAAAUUAUGCUUGUGUUAUGACAAAUUCAGGUGAAAUAUUAAACCUUAAAGGUCCCAAAUUAGUUAGACAAGUGUUGAAUGAAUUCCCAGGUUACAAUAUUUUCAGUUCAAAUUGUUUGUCUUCACCAUUACAUGAUCAAGAAGUGUUAGUUGAUGGACAAUUUUACUAUCUUCAACCUGUAAUUGAAAAAGAAAACAAAGAGGAAAUUGGAGUAUCAUCUAUGGAAGUUUUGCCUGCUCAACAACAAGGUGUUUGGAGAGUGAAGCUAAUUAUAAAUCCACAACAACUAGAAGAAAUAUUUUCAGAAGAAGGAAAUACAGAAGCAUUAAUUGAACAAAUGAGAAUUGCUGCAAAUAUAAGUUCAAUUGGAAAGCAUACAAGAAGUACUUCUUGUGGAGUUAAUUGGAAAUCAACUCUUCCAAGUGUAUUUAAGUUACCUAAUGAAAAGCAAAAUAAAAUACUUGCAUUGGAUCAAUCCUCCACUACUAGUCCUAGGUGAUGGUGUGGACCCCACGCGGCUCGAAUUCGAAUUAAUCAGAAGAUGAAUUUAAUUGGGUUCGUCCUUGUAGAAGGCAGAUUAGAUUCAACUAUAUGUACCAAGAGCGUAACCAGGAUCUUUCAUUAUGGCAUGGACCCCAUAGGUCUCGAAUUCGAAUUAGUCAGACAGAUGAAUUUCGAGUAUAUCGUGAUUUGAUUACAUGUACAAGAAUAUAACAAAGAUCUUUCACUAUAUUUUGAGUAUAUCGAGAUAGAAAGUAAUUGAGUAGCGAAAAUGGACCAUCGUCGUACAAGGUAUAUUAGAUCCGACUAUAUGUAUUAUGACAUAUUUAAGACGACAAGUAAGAUAUACAGAUAUUAUGACAUAUUUGAGACGGCAAGUUUUAAAUAAUUAUGAUCAUGAUUUGAAGUUUUAUGCAAAGUUGAUAUGACUUUAUUGAGAUAUGUAUGAUAAAAGUAUAGUAAAUGGACGAUGUAUAAAUUUAUUCCUA